UCUUCAGCUUUUGUUUCAUACGGACAGAACAAAUUUACUCAAAAAAUGGCCAUUAAGUUAAUGAUCGCUCUCGCUCUCUUCGCUGUGGUGAAGGCUGGUGUUGCUGUGGAGGAAUACGAUCCUCACCCACAGUACAAAUAUGGCUACGAUGUGCAAGACGCUCUGUCUGGUGAUUCCAAAGGUCAUGUGGAGGAACGUGAUGGUGAUGUUGUGCGUGGUGAAUACUCUUUGAUCGAUUCUGACGGUUUCAGACGUGUUGUCACCUACACUGCCGACCCCAUUAAUGGCUUCAAUGCUGUAGUGCGUCGUGAACCUUUGGUUGCCCCAGUUGUUGCCGCUGCUCCUGUGGUAAAAGCUGCCCCAGUUGUUGCAGCACCUGUUGUUAGAGCCGCCCCAUUGGCCGCUGCCGCUCCAGUUGCGCCCGCUUUUACCUACAGCCGCCUGUAAAAUGUUGAGCCAUUCAUAUUAAUAUUAUUUGUUACUU